GUUCCAACCCCUCUCUGUGGUCUCGCUAAUCUAGGCCUCAUCAAGGAGGGCCCCUGCUGCUCCCACCCUCCAUCCUCCUUGGGUCUGGUGAUGACGUCCACCGUGCCACCAUCCAGACAACAUUCUCCCCAGCGAGCGAUCAUCCGCCGAACGUAACCUUAACCAUGGUUCCAUAAUUAGCUCGACUGGACCUCAACUGCAAGAGUUUUGAUUCACCUGUGCUAUAUUUAAUCAGACCCUCGCCGCUCCAGGACUCGUCCAAUUUAUUCAAUACUUGGAGAGUCCUCAACUUGAUCCAACGGCGACAGCAAGCAAGAUAUUGCCUCCCUCAGUCAACACCAACCCCCAAAGUAUGUCUCGCCGCGAAUCUGUAGGCCGUGUUAGGACCGCGUCCCAGUCAAAUUCGGCCGAGCCUUCAGUUCGAACAGUCUCGGUUGCAGUUUUACCUCCUCGGCUUCCGUCAGGCAUGGCUCCGCCAACCGGGGUUGGUGUGGCCGACACCUUUUCCUGGGAUGAAGCCGUCAACUGGCAACAUAAUGACGCCGCUGAGGAACCAGAACCAUCGCGACGGAAGAGUUUUCUUCGAAAGAUCGGUAUGACCACCCAGCGGAAACGUUCUGGCGAGGAUGAAGGCCUACCGCCUUUCCGCAUGCGACAAGUUCCCUACGAUACCUGGCGCAAGCAUUAUGCCAAGGACAAAGAUGGGAACUAUCACGGCACCCAUGCUCCAGCCGAGGACUGUCUACUAAAGCCCGAUGAUGUGAAGAAAUGGCGUCUAGGGGAUCCAGUGACUAAAGGCGAUCGAUGGACUCGUGGACCUGAAGCUCUGCCUGUCUAUGCCGAAGUGCGAGCGGAGGCCGCCGCACCAGAGUACGAAGCCGACUCUUUGGACGACCCGCGCUCGACAGACACCGAACGUCACCGACAAGAUUCCCACUCAACACCUUUGGAUCCCGAUCCCACCAGUACACCUCGGAGUAAUACUAUCGCCGACGGCAAGACGGCCGAGGAAAUUAUCGCCGAGGCCAGGGCAAAGGGCACCCACAAAAUGUCAUGGAAAGAGAGACUCCACAAAGGGGCCCAAAUGGCCACGAUGGGCAAUUGACAAUCACGGGGCUCAGAUCAACCCAAGUUGAUGCAAAGCUUACAAGGGAUGGUCCAUGCACGACUGAAUGCUUGAGUGAUGUAGGGAGGGUCUUGUGAUUCAUGUGUUCAACUCCACGCGUCAUACAUAAGUUUACACCGGUUUUGUUCAUUUCAGCGUUCCACUCUCUCGUCUCGCGCAGUAAUCGAGUCGCCGCUCACGUUCUUCAGGUCUGGUCGACAACCUCUACCACGGGACAAUACCUGCACGGUCGGAGAAUGUUGCCGUCGGACCUCCCUUAGAUUCUGUGGCCAGCUCGACGAUCCGCUGGGCUCCCUCCUCGGUUGAUGCGCCCCAUGGGUGGUUGUUGGUGAGAUUGGUUUUGACCAAGCCGGGACAGGCCGCGUUGACCAUACCGCCUUUGUCGUCCAAAAUUCGGGCGUAAUUGAGAGUCAGCAUAUUGAGGGCAGCCUUGCUGCAGUCGUAGGCCUUGUAGUCGAUGGCGUAGAAAGCAGUGGACUUGUUGGUCGCUUCGGCCAAGGAACCCAUUCGCGAAGACACAAACACAAUUCGAGGCAGUGUUGAUUUGAGGAGCAGCGGUAAUAAAGCCUCGGUCAGGCAUGCCGCCCCUACCACGUUAGUGCUUAGCGUCUGGGUAAAGAGCUCGCGAGUCGACAGUCCUUUGUAUUUUUCGAGAACGCCUGGGACAUAGUCGAUCAGGAUGCCCGCGUUGUUGAUCAAGACGUCCAGGACACCAUGUCUGCUUUCAACAUAAGAAGCGGCCCUUGCGAUGGAAUCAUCUGAUGCCAAAUCCAAUUGAACGGACGAAGCCGAGUAACCAUCCGCCACCAGAGCAUCAGCAGCCUUUUGUCCGGCAGUCUCAUUUCUGGAACCGAUAAUCACAUGGUACUUGUGGUCCCUGGCAAGUUGAGUGGCCACUGCAAGUCCGAUGCCUGUGUUUCCGCCUGAGAUGAAAGCAAUAGGGGCUUUGGAUGCCAUCUUUUGACCGGUUGCUGUGCUGUCCAAGUAAUGGAUUG